CUUUGUUGACCGUUUGGUGUCUCAGUCCUUUUCUCUCUUUGCUAUUCAGGAGCUGGAGGAGCUGUUGACAGAAAUCAAGGACAUUUCUGUUGUACUGGGAAUAGACAACGCGUGCAAACUUGAUCUGAGCAGAAUUGUGGAAGAAGUGAGGGCCCAGUAUGAAGCCCUGGCUCUUCGGAGCUGGGAGGAGGCUGAAGCCCUUACCAGAAGAAAGCUGAAUGAAGGAAGCAUCCAGUCAGGCAGCUAUGGGGGCCACCUCCUCGACAGCCGACGGGAGAUCGCAGACCUGAACAUCCAGAUCCAGAAGCUGAGGUCCUGCAUCGUGUCCCAGAAGAGCCAGUGCCUGUACUUAGAGGAGCACAUCAAAGAAGCAGGAGAGCAUGGCGAGAUGACCCUCAAAGAUGCCAAAGCCAAGUUAGUCAAGCUAGAAGAAGCCCUGCAGAAGAGCAAGGAGGACAUGGCUCACCUGGUGAAGGAGUACCAGGAGCUGAUGAACAUCAAGCUGGCCCUGGAUGUGGAGAUCCUCACCUACAGGAAGCUGAUGGAAGGGGAGGAGAGCAGCAUGGAGCAACCAAUCCCCACCAUCAUCAGCACCGUCCACUCCAAGCCAAAGCCCCUUUCUGCCAGCACCUUGAGGAACUCCAAGCUGUUUGCAAGAGAACCCGGCAGCACCAACGGCGAGGUGAAGCCGAACGGAGACAUCGCAAAGAAGGUGCCCUCCAGAAGCCACAGCAGCAACUCAGAGACACCCAAAGCCGACGCCUUCAGCAGCGGUGCCCGGCCAAAGCUCAACUCCCUGCCCACCGAAGGGUGCUCCUAG